AUGAGACUAAUUGCUAGGAUACAUAUGCUUGGGGCUCUAAACGGUGUGAAGAUGGACUUGGCAAAUGUUGCUUCCUCUUUGCCUAUAGGUUUGACUAAUCUGGAGAAUAUGAAUCUGUCAUUCACAUUAGUAACUAAUGGUGGUUUGAAAAAGUUGUCUAAAUUGACAUCUCUUAAAUCACUUAACUUGGAUGCAUGCCAAAUUACUGACGAAGGACUUGAAAAUCUCACGAAUCUUACUGAAUUGCCACACCUGGAUCUUUUUGGAGCUCAUAUCACAGAUUCUGGAAUGAAUUAUUUAUGA